GGUACGCGCGCCAUCAGAUCCCGACCUGCCCUUGUUGGGGUUUUGCGACAGGUCGGGGAAGGGGACUGGGGAGAGCCGGUACGUGCCUCCAUUUUCAUUUCUUCCCUAUGGUACGGAGUACUAUACCCACCUUUUUCCUUUCCUCCCUCUGUCUCCGUGUGGUGUGUGGGAGAUGGGAGGGUACCCAAGUACCUCAGCAUUUCCACCUGCCGAUUUGUACGGGUUGUAUUCCGUACGGGUAUGUUAAUCAUCAGCCUUUUUUUUUUUUUUUUUUUCCCUCUUCUCUUAUGUUUUACUUGGUCGCUUGUGUUACAUACUAUGCAGUACCUAGUGUGUGUACUAUGCAUAUACCGGUAGUAUGCCCGGCACUACUGGCAUCAUCGACAUCCCGAAGUAUAGCUAGCAGUCGCAUCGUCAUCAUCGCCGCCAUCGCCAUCACCGUUGGCCAUCGCCGCCAUCAGGUCAGCAACUGGGAUGAUGCUGUCGUGUCCGUCGACAUUUGGCCAAACGCGUGGGCUCCGUUUCCUCGCACCCUCGUCGCCCCGGUCCGGAAGCUGUCGUGCGCUAUUACACCAUCGUCCAAUGCCCAUGAGGCAAAGAAGGCCCUUAUCCCCAUCCAGGGGAGAGAGAAAAAAAAAAAAAAGAGGAAGAAGAAAAAAUCACUCUCGUCGUGCUGAUUGAUGGUCUGUGUGUGGCAGGCCCGCUGUGGUUUUUGGUGGGAAUCGAAAUACAUAAAUGAAAUUAUCUGCCUGGCUUGUUGGCCUGUCCGUGGUGAAUUCUCGGCCUCAUUCGCAAUAUUGCUAUCCACCCUGCGUAUCCGUCGCAUUUUCUCUUCUCCAGUAUCGCCGUCGCUAUUCCCGCUCUCCUCUUGAUCCCCCCCCUCUGCCCCCCUCUCCUCCCCUUCCCCCCUACACCAAUUUCCCAAUCGUGAACC